AUUCUACGAACGCACAUCCCGAGGCAGUGAAAAAUAUUGCAACAAGUAGCUAGUUCGUUUAUGAUCUUUGGCUCGCACGCUAUGCGGCUCAGCACGCCGUUACCGGUAUGGUGUUGUUAUGGCGGAAACCUACGAUCAUGCGCUCAGUAAACAUCGGUAGACACCGCGACUGAGCCCUUGUAUAAGAACGAGCCGAAACCGAGCCUUCAUAAUUCUUCAUAUCCCACUAUACAUGGCUAGAAUUUCACAUAUAAUUCAUCGUUAAAAGUCACGGCCCAUGAACCACAUCCCCGCAGGUGACUCGAAAAACCAGAGCGAGGACAAUGUCCCCACCUCAGGGACGCUAAUACCAUUCGUUGCGACAUUUGGCGGCGUCGUCGGCUUUUUUGGGCUACAUGGUAAAAUCACGAUACCACCAUCACCAACCUCAGAGAGACAUCGAGGCCGCGAAGAGCAAAACGAAGGUUAGAGUUGAUCUGCAGACGCUGAAUCGCGUAAUCCCAUCACGAAAAUACGAGGCGGUGAAGGCGUUAAAGGAGCAGGCAACCCGGACUUCAACGCAGCCCAGUUCGGCUGAAGUCUGUGCCAUAUGCCUAGAAGUGCUCGUAGACCAGGACUAUGUCCGACGAUUGAGAUGUAAACAUAUCUUCCACACGAGUUGCAUCGACCAUUGGUUCCGGAAACACCAUGUCGACUGCCCACUAUGCAAGUCGAUAUUCAUUCCAAACAGGGGCGACAAUCCAGAAGACGUCCAUUAGGUGAAGUUCCAUCAUUGAGGUUCUAGAGGCGUGUUCAAGCGGAGAAGACAUCAGGUAGCGAAUUUUUUAUGAGGAAGGU